AAACAGACAACUGCCCAAACAAAAAGAUUUCCCUCAAAAUAUAAAACACAAAACACAAAACACAAAUCUAAAGCAACUCUCUUGUAAAAACUAAGUAAAAUAGUCGUACUAGAUAAACUACUAAUUAACCUUUCGGCGCAUUUAGCUUGUUUCCCUCCUUCAUACGCAUUCCUCUCUUCUGGUGGUCGUCUUUGCAUUCUCUCUUUGGAUUUCAAUCUUAAUUCUGGGUUUUGAUUUCUGUGUGUUUCUGUUUCAGAAUUCAAGGCUUCAGAUUCAUUCUAUCUCUUCACUGGUCCAUGAUUUCAGGACAACUUAUAUGAGCUGAAUAUUGCACUUUAUGAGAGGUAUAGAGGACAUUGAGAGCCGCGUUUGAAACCUAUUAAGGAAUCUUUAGAGAAAUCGAAUAGGUUCUUGGAAAAACCUUGUAGCAUCAAUCUGAUUGCCAUUGAUUUGGGAGAUACAAUGGCUAGGACUUUACCCUCCCAAAGAGAAAUGGUAAGAUCAAAAGGGGUUAUAAAGAAAGAUGAAUUUGUUAAAGUUAUUACCAGGACCUUGUAUUCUCUCGGUUAUAAUAAGACCGGAGCCCUUUUAGAACAAGAAUCAGGAAUAGCUCUACAUUCAUCUAGAGUUACUUCGUUUAUGCAGCUUGUAUUGGAAGGGAAAUGGGAUGAGAGUAUUCUCAGUUUGCGUGUUAUCAACGUCCCAAUUGAAACUGAGAAAUCUGCUAAAUUCAUAAUUUUGGAGCAAAAGUUUCUGGAACUCGUACAGAAUGGAAAUACCGUGGAUGCAAUGUUGAUGCUUAGAAAUGAGAUUUCACCUCUUCUUAUAAACACGAGCAGGGUUCAUCAGCUUGCUGCCUGCCUUAUCUCUCAUUCGCAGCAAUCCAAAACUAUAUGUGUUAGUUCGCGGCCAGACAGUCUGGAGAAAUUGCAGAGAUUGUUUCCUGCUGCAACGAUUGUACCCGAAAAAAGAUUGGAGCAACUAGUGGAGCAGGCUCUUGAUAUGCAACGAGAAUCCUGUUUGUUCCAUAAUACACUUGAUAGUGAACUGUCCUUGUAUACUGACCAUCAAUGUGCGAGAAGCCAGAUUCCUUCCGAAACUGUACAGAUACUCCAAGCACACAACGAUGAAGUUUGGUAUUUGCAAUUUUCACACAAUGGGAAGUACCUAGCAUCAGCAUCUAACGAUCAAUCAGCAAUUAUUUGGGAGGUUCGUGAUAAUAGUCAGUUGUGUAUUAAGCGUAAGCUAAUUGGUCAUCAGAAGACUGUCUGCUUUGUUUCUUGGAGCCCGGAUGACAGCCAACUCCUCACAUGUGGACUGGAAGAAGUGGUUAGACGUUGGGAUGUCCAGUCUGGUAAAUGUCUCAACAUUUACGGAAAACAUGACCUUGGUUUGGUUUCAUGUGGUUGGUUUCCCGAUGGAAAAAGAUUAUUCUCCGGUGUCACUGAUAAAAGCAUCUGCACGUGGGAUCUCGAUGGAAGGGAAGUUGUAUGUUGGAAGGGUCAGAGGACACUAAGGACGUCGGACAUCGCUAUAACCAAAAACGGAAAGAGAAUUAUAAGUAUUUUUCGGGAUACUUCCAUACUAGUCCAUGACAAGGAAGUAAAGGUUGAUAGAUUGAUUGAAGAAGACGAAGUUAUAAUAUCGUUCUCCUUGUCAGAUGACAACAAGUUCUUGCUUGUAAACCUUAUUAAUCAAGAUAUACAUCUCUGGAGUCUAGAGGGUGAUUUCAAAGUUGUAUCCAAAUACAAAGGCCACAAACGCACCCGUUUUCUCAUUCGUUCAUGUUUUGACGGCGUUGAGCAAGGCUUUAUUGCCAGUGGUAGUGAGGACUCUCAGGUAUACAUAUGGCACCGGGGCACAGGAGAACUCCUAUUGGCAUUGCCCGGGCAUUCAGGAACUGUCAAUUGUGUGAGUUGGAAUCUGUGUAACCCUCGUAUGAUGGCAUCGGCUAGUGAUGACAGGACAAUUAGAGUAUGGGGUUUAGGGAGAAGAUGAAAUUCUUGAAGAUAAUAUCUCCAUUCUUUUGUGUACAUAUUUUGGUUUUAGAAUUUGUACCAGGCUCUAGUGAUGUGUAAUUAGAUUUGUUAACAGUGCAAUUAUCAUUGUUUUUAGGUGUAAUUUGUUACUUCUAUCAUCGCAAAUGUUGAUUAUAGUACUUAAUAGAUAUGAGUCAUAUGACCUCACCUUUCUA